UAUAUGAGCAAACCUGUGGACAUGCGUGUGUGUCUGUGCGUGCAUGUGUGUGUGUGUGCGGUUUUGUUCACACAGUGACAGCAUGCCAGAGAUGAUGCUAGAUUUUAAAAAGUGCAUCUGUGGCCAACAGCACAGGAAGUGAUGGAGGUGUGACAGGAAGAAAAGAAAGAGAGGGAAAGACAGACAGACAGACAGACAAAGACCGAAAGUGUCUUAUGAAGUGGGGUAAAGAGGAGCUGUAGGUUUUCGGUGAUGGUGUAAUGGUGCUGUAAUCCAAACAUCACAUCUGUACAGACCAGCGACCUGCUGAAAGAGAUUCGAUUAAUCCAUUGCAAAAAAAUGGAUCCAACGACUGAAUCACACUGAUGCUCUGAUAGCACACACAGCUGUAUGCACUUUCCUGGCAUGCUCUGGGAUGGACAGACAUUCCCAUAUUCCCUGGCAGGAAUGCUGCUACAUGGAUCUGAAGUCCAAUGCAAAGCAAGAUACGAGCAAAAAAAUGGAAGAUCCUGGUUGGUUACACAGACACCGGAUAUUGCUGCAGCGCUUUCUGUCCACCUCCAUCUUGGUAAAUUUAGUCCGUCACCUGAGAAAAGAAGAUAAGCUUAGAGUUCAGGAGGCGGAGCUUAUCCAGGAAACGGGGUCUCUGAAAGAAAAAGUGCAUUUAUUGGUUGAGGUUCUGUCUGGCACUGAUCCCGAAGGUGCUGCCCUUCAGAUAUAUCUUCAAAGUUUUCAUCCUACUGAAUAUAAUCUUAUAAGUGUACAUGACGCUGUGGUUCGGCAGCAUAAAGAUGCUCUCCUUCAGCGACUUCCAGAAGAAAAUGAUCAUUCCUACAACCAAGCUAUUGAAAACUCACACACUUCUGCUGUUCUGCUCAUAGACUGCGUGUCUGAUCUACAGCUGCGAGAGCACGACUUCGUACAGGUGUCUGUCAACAGAGGGGCGGGGCCUCUUCACGGUCGAGGACUGGGAUUGGACAAGCUGAUUGCACCUUUGACGAGGGUCAUCACCGCCCCUCGUGUGACAUUGACUGUGGGCGUGGCCGGUAGCGGGAAGAGCCGACUGGUCCAUCGUUUUGUCCGUCUUUGGAGUGGCGGGCAGAUUUAUCCGGAGUUCAGUCUCGCAAUUCCUAUUGCGUGCUGGGAGUUAAGCAGUUUCGAUCGCUUAUCAAUCGAAAGGUUGCUGCGGAUGUUUGUUCCCUACGAGAACGUGGAUGCGAUUAUUUGUAACGAAGCCUGCAAAGUUUUGCUCAUUUUUGACGGACUGGAAGAGUUUCGCCAGCCACUUGAUUUCACAGACGCUCCGCCCACUAACGAUCCUCGUCGGGAUGUUCCUGUAUCGGAUCUUAUUACGAAUAUCGUUCGAGGUAACUUGUUGCCAGGGGCGGCGCUUUGGCUGUUAUCAAGACCUGGUGUUGGUGCAAAAGUGCCAGCGGGAUUGGUCGAUCGUGUGACGGAGGUCCCGCCUCUAUCACAAGCACAAAUAAAGGAUUAUAUAAAUCACUGUAAUACGAACACUCUGGAUGCGUACUCCUUACCAUCUGAAAACUCAACAUCCAGAACGCCGAGUCAAAGCGAUUCGCACACGUACAUACCUGAGGACAUCUCAUCUCGGGUGUGGGCUUAUCUGAACUCCCAGAAAGCAUUGCUUAUUUUGUGUUCAGUGCCUGCUGUGUGCCACAUUAUCGUUACAACAUUGUCUCGCAUCUUGAAGGUUUCUGAUGUGGACACAACGUCCCUUCCUCGAACUCUAACAGAAGUCUAUGCCCACUACUGUUGGCCACACCUCUCCAAUUCAGAAUCAGCCGGUGGAGGCGUAAGAAAGCCACUGAGCACUCUGGGCCGUUUGGCGUUUUAUAGCCUGUUGCGUCGACGCCACACAUUUAGCGACAAUGAAUUGCGAACUUACGGUGUUGACGCACCGCCCCACGUUGGGACUCUUGGCUUCCGAAUUCUUCAGCGUAAACUUAGCUGGUCAUCAGACGGUUUGGUGUGGCAAUUCACGCACACGUCUGUGCAGGAAUUCCUGGGUGCUUUGUUUUACUACAAUUCAUCAAGGCGUGGAAUGUUCGAUCUGUUCUCAGAAAGCAGCGUUUCGUGGCCUCGAAUUGGUUUCCACAGCCACUACCGCGCUGCGCUGCAAAAAACCAACCAGUCGGACGCUGCAGCCCAAGGAAACCUCGACCUGUUCAUGCGGUUUCUCUCAGGACUGUUGGCUCCGACAACAAGCACUUUGAUUGGUGGUGCGUUGGGCGUUGGCCGUGAGGAGCAGGUGAACCAACGUAACACCGCGACAACCUUGCUUCAGAAUACGGUGGCGGCAUCGGGAGGUGACGCCGUCAGCAUGCGCAGCGUCACUAUGGUUACGUGUCUGGCAGAGUUGCAGCAUGGGGAGUGGCUAAGGUCUGUGGAGGAGGAUCUUAUCAGUUGCAGCCUCCGGGGGAAGCUGAAGGGUGGAGUUUGUGCGGUGCUUGCAUACUUGUUGCAGGUAUCAGAAGCAUGUACAGAGGAGACACAACUGACAAACUGUUUGGAUUCCACGUCUCUAAAAAGACUCCUCCCACAACUGUUGUACUGCAGUAAGUUGAGAAUGGAAAACAAUGUAUUGAAAGAAGAUGCAAUGGAGUUGUUGGGAAGUCUUCUGAGCGCCAAAGAGUGUCAUAUUCAGACCCUCAAUUUGGCUGAAAACUCGAUCAGCAGUAAAGGGGUAAAACCUCUCAGUCGAGCUCUGCUUGUCAACCGGACGCUUACAGUUCUGGAUCUCCGUGGCAACAAUAUUGGUGCUAAAGGAGCGAAGACACUGUGUGAAGCUCUAAAAAUUAACCAGUUUCUGGUUUCAGUCAAUCUGCAAAGUAACCACAUAGAGGAUGAAGGUGCUCGCGCUCUGGCAGACGUUCUUCAAUCAAACCGAAAGCUCACCAUGCUAAAUAUUCAGAAGAACAGUAUCGGUCCAGAUGGAGUGAAAAGAAUCGCAGAAGCACUCGUGAAGAAUCAAACUCUACAGGAUCUGAAUUUGUCCAGUAAUCAGAUCGGUGAUUCAGGAAUGGUGGUCUUGGCUCAAGCUCUUAAGGUCAAUCACAUUCUCCACACGCUCAGUCUUCAGAGCAGCUCAGUUAGUGAUCGAGGGAUCAAAGCUCUCUCACUCGCACUCCAAUCGAACCGAGCCCUCAGCAGUCUGAAUCUGAGGGAGAACUCCAUUGGAGUUGCUGGUGCCAAAGACAUCGCCAAAGCCUUGAAAUUCAACAGCUGUCUCAGAGAACUCGAUCUGACCGCUAAUCUUCUUCAUGAUGAGGGAGUGACGGCCAUCGCUGAAGCCAUGAAGCUGAACAGAGCCAUCACAUCAUUACAUCUUCAGUGGAACUUCAUUAAAGUCGGAGCGGCGAAAGCCCUGUCAGAGUCUCUCAAGAGCAACAGUUGCAUUCAGCUGCUGGAUCUACAGGAAAACGCUCUGGGUGAUAAUGGUGUUAUUUCUCUGGCCUCUGCUUUGAAGACAAACUCUUCUCUCAAUGUGCUCUAUCUUCAGGGUGUAUCGGCGUGCAAAGCAGGGGCUCUGGCGCUGGCCGACGCUCUGAUGGUCAAUGAAACCCUACACACGUUAGAUCUUCGUGGAAACUCCAUUGGGAUGGAAGGAGCCAAAGCGUUUUCCAGCACACUGAAGAAGAACAGAAGCUUGAGAAGUUUAAAUCUACAGGAGAAUUCUCUAGGAAUGGAUGGAGCAAUAUUCAUCGCGACGGCCCUUAGAGGAAACCAUCAACUCACCUACAUCAAUCUACAGGGUAACGGCAUUGGUGAGUCGGGUGCGAAGGUCGUGUCAGAUGCUAUCAAAGCCGGAGCACCGGAGUGUGUGGUGGACAUCUAGCAUACAUGAUGUUAACUCUCACCAAAUUAUUUGUUUAUAAGCAUUUUUAUGAUACUUUACAGUUUACAGUCAAUUUGUUUGCAUUACAUUAAUGAGAAUUUAGCAGGGAGAUUGUAGUUGUCAUGAAAAUGCAUAAACACGCAAUGCUCUUAAUUAUUAUUUUAUUUGCCUUUUUUAAUGUUAUGAAGAAAAUAUCACCCAGAGAGGUUUUAUGAGAUUCACCCAUUAAUGUAAAUAUUUAUUAUAUUUAAUAAAAUUGUUUAUCAUAUGACAGUACUGACAGAGAUAUUACCUCAAUAAAAACAUUUCUCUCA